UUUGACUGGUAUUAUGUGGUGCUCUAUCAUUCUGGACAGUAGGUGACGGAAUGCACGUAAAUCUGGCACUCCGUCAUUAAAACAAAGAGAAGAAGAAGAAGUAAAAGCCUCAUUGGUUGUGCCCAAGUGACGUCCGAGACUCUCCUGCUCCUGCCCCGCCCACACCGGUUCAGCCGUUGGUCAUUGGCGUCAACAUGGCGGCGGUGGAUGUCAUUGUGAACAACUUGGUGGCACUGUGGAGGAUACCGGCCGUCCGACAGCACUACCCCUGGAUAUUUUUACUCAUUUCAGCCGUGGGCUCAGUUCUCAAAGAGCUGCAGCUCGUCCCGCAGACGUAUUUCAGCAGCAGCAGAAACGCCCUGAACGUGUAUUUUGUCAAAGUGUCCUGGGGGUGGACGCUGCUGCUGCUAACACCCUUCGUCCUCCUUUCCAACUCCUCCUUCAGUAGGAGUGUCUCCUUCCUCGGCCGGCGGCUGCUGUCAUUGGCAGUGGCAACAGCUGUCUGGUACGUCUGCACAGAGACCUUCUUCUACAUCGAGGAUGUGACUGGCUCCUGUUUUGAAAGUGACACCCUGACUGUUGUCAACUUGGAGUUUACAUCCAAAGUUGCCUGCAGGCGAGCCGGCUUCCACUGGUCUGGCUACGACAUCUCGGGACACUCGUUCAUCCUGGCCUACUCUUCUCUCUUCAUCAUGGAGGAAACGGCCCCGAUGGCCUCCCUAAAAACAGCCAGUCUGUCUGCACUACCCAGGAUGGUCCUCAACCUGCUGUACGUGGCCUUGAAUUUGAUCAUGAUCAUGUGGGUGUGGAUGUUUGCUUGCACCUCUGUUUAUUUCCAUGACCCAUCACACAAGUUGCUAGGGACCAUAUGCGCCCUGUUGGGGUGGUAUCUGACAUAUCGGGUGUGGUAUCUAAAGCCUUUGUCACCAGGACUCCCCCCUCAGCGUCACCCAAAAGAACAGAAACAACAUGCCUGAGCUGAACUCCGAUCAUCCUGUACAAGAUUGUUGCCAUUGUUACAGCGAUCGUCAAAACAACACACUACAGUUGACGUUAUCUGUGUCCGGGUCCAAGCUGGCCACUUUAAGCUAUUUUAAGUUAUUCCCUCUUCACAGUAAGGUCGCUUUGUACAAGAUGACCGACUUGCAGCUCCUCCGCUAUGUUUGGCAGCUGCUGAUCCCAAAAUGACUCUUGGUAAUCUGAGAUAAAACCAAGAAGCUGCUCUGCUGUCCAGCUUCAGCCUCUCACCUUCAGCCUCUGUGGCUCGUGUGCUACACUGUUGUUUGUCUGCCUUAUGAUGCUUUACUCAAUACUGAGUAAUCGCAGAUUUUUAGAUAUGAAUGGGAACACUUGAGAAUGUUUACAGUUCCAGUUGUAUAGCACUGAUGAUGUGUAUUUUUGCAGACCAAUGUACAGUAGAUGUUAUUUAUUUAGAAGCUGCCGUCCGAACAUCAGACUCACAUUUCAUCCAACAUGCAGGAUUUAAAUUAGCUGCGGUUUGGGGUAAAUGCAACUGUAUGUCGAUUUUUUGUGUAAAGUUUGCUCAGAGAAUGCUGAACCUGAUUUAGAAAAUCAGAUACAAAAAUGAUUUUAAUGUGUAUACUUGAGUUGUAGGCCAACAAAUUUUCUUUCUUUGCAUCUAACAAUUAUUAUAUUAUCAAUUUAUCUGCCAAAUAUUUUUCUCAGUUAAUUGUUUGGUCAAAAAUAUCCUAGCAAUAGCACAAGGUGAUGUGCAAACAGACCCCAAAGAGAUACAGUUUAUAAAGCACAACAGCUAAAAACAGAAAAUGUUUGGCUUUUUUCAACUGUCCAAAUCAUUUUGUACAAAUUAGUCUUUCUGACGAUGAUUGUUUCAACUCGAAUUUUCUUUGUCUGUGCCAUUAAGUUCUAUUGCUACCCAAAAAACAUGCAAUUUAGCAGCACAAUUUAUUUUCAUUGCGAUACACCAUCCUGCUGCCAUAAAUACUCACCAGUACACUAUAUGUGUAUUAAUUUAUGUCUGACAAUACCUGUGGUGAACUCUACACUGUCAUUUCUAUUUUAACAACUACAAACAACUGCUUCAGCUUCAUGUCUUCUGUAGAAACCAGUGUUGAGAACAAGACGUGUAAAAAGUGCAGUAUUGAGAGACAAACCAACACAUUGAUGGGUUUGGUCUUUUCUUGGCAUUUGAAAACAAUAAGGAAUCUUGUUAAGGAGAAUAUUGGUAAAUUUAAGUAUACAGUAGUAUGUUUGAUUUGCAGGUGUUGGUGUGUGUAUUUUAAUUUUAUGUCAAAUACAAAAUUGCCAACUGUACAGUGCAGGGAGCUCAGUGGGUUUUGCCAAACUAAUAAUAAUAAAAAACUGUUUCUGUA